AUGAAUCAACACAAUGAAACUCCAAAAAUAAUACAACCCUUACCCAAAAUACCUCCACCUUUUCCCCAACGUUUGAAAAAGAAGAAUGAAGAUGAGAGGUUUAAAAAAUUCUUGUCUGUGUUCAAGAAGUUGCCCAUCAACCUUCCUUUGGUGGAAGCAUUGCUGGAGAUGCCAGGUGCGAUCAUGACAAAUGAGUUAAUCACUAAAAGAGAAGACCCUGGUGCUUUCACCAUCCCGUGUACUAUUGGAAUGCUCCAAUUUGCCAAGGCUUUAUGUGACCUAGGAUCAAGCAUCAACCUGAUGGAAUACGCCAUAUACAAGCAACUUGGAUUGGGAGAACCAAAGGCAACUACCGUGAGACUUCUCAAGGCAGAUCGAUCAAUCAAGCAUCCUGUUGGGAUCCUCUACGAUAUCUUGGUCAAAGUGGAUCGGUUCAUAUUUACAGCUGACUUUGUGAUUUUAGACUGUGACAUUGAUGUUGAGGUCCCCAUUAUUUUGGGAAGGCCAUUCUUAGCAACCGGCAGAGCAUUAGUGGAUGUUGAAAGCGGCAAGUUGAAAUUCUGUGUGAAUGACGAUGAGGUAACUUUCAACAUCUGCAAAUCCAUGAAGCAACCAAGUGAUAUCCAUGUAGUGUCUACUGAAGAUGUUAUAGAUGAGGCAGUGGCAAGUGUGAGCCAUCUGCUGCGCAAGAAUGAGCCUCUUGAGUCAAUACUUGCAAAUCAUGACGAUUCGGAAAUUUAG